AGACCCGAGCGGCGGCCCGGGCACAGGGGGGCGGCCCCAACCCCGGCCCGGUGCCCGGCCCCUGGCCCCUGCCUGCCCUCCAGACCGCCGUCACCGCCGCUGCUGCCGGGAGUCUUGUCUGCUGCGGGACGCACUAUUCCUCCCUCCAUGGAGUUCGGCCUGCUCAGCGAGGCGGAGGCCCGGAGCCCUGCUCUGUCGCUUUCAGACGCGGGCACUCCGCAUCCCCCGCUCCCAGAGCACAGCUGCAAAGGCCAGGAGCACAGUGAUUCGGAAAGGGCCUCGGCUUCGCUGCCGGGCGGCUCCCCCGAGGACGGCUCAUUGAAGAAGAAGCAGAGGCGGCAGCGCACGCACUUCACCAGCCAGCAGUUGCAGGAGCUGGAGGCGACCUUUCAAAGAAACCGCUACCCAGACAUGAGCACGCGCGAGGAGAUCGCCGUGUGGACCAACCUCACUGAGGCCCGCGUGCGGGUGUGGUUCAAGAACCGGCGCGCCAAGUGGCGCAAGCGCGAGCGCAGCCAACAGGCGGAGCUGUGCAAGGGCGGCUUCACCGCGCCGCUCGGGGGUCUGGUGCCGCCCUAUGAGGAGGUCUACUCCGGCUACUCGUACGGCAACUGGCCGCCCAAGGCGCUCGCCCCGCCGCUCGCCGCCAAAACCUUCCCGUUCGCCUUCAACUCGGUCAACGUGGGGCCUCUGGCCUCGCAGCCCGUCUUCUCGCCGCCCAGCUCUAUCGCCGCCUCCAUGGUGCCCUCGGCUGCGGCCGCCCCGGGCACCGUGCCGGGGCCCGGGGCCUUGCAGGGCCUGGGCGGCGCACCCCCCGGGCUAGCUCCGGCCGCCGUGUCCUCUGGGGCAGUGUCCUGCCCUUACGCCUCGGCCGCUGCGGCCGCAGCAGCAGCUGCUUCCUCUCCCUACGUAUAUCGGGACCCUUGUAACUCGAGCCUGGCCAGCCUGCGGCUCAAGGCUAAACAGCACGCCUCUUUCAGCUACCCCGCGGUGCCCGGGCCGCCCCCGGCCGCCAACCUCAGUCCUUGCCAGUAUGCAGUGGAACGGCCCGUAUGAGCGGCCCGGCUUGUGGAUCACCCCCGGCGGCGGAGGCGAUGGUUCACAGCCUGCCGAGACUGGGGUCAUCUCGACUGGCUUCCCCCGCCCCAGAGUCUGAGAGGAAUGCUUAGGCUGGUGGGGGGCGGCCGGCUCAGGAGGGGGCCUCCCUCCCUGAGGUGGGAUUGGGCCCCCCACACACAGACCACGCCCUUGGGACUAAGGCCAGGAACAGGGACCCAAGGGGCCAACUCACCCUUGGCCUAUCCCGCCUUCUCCAGACUCCCUUUCUUCCAUUUUCAAAGAUAAAUCAAAUAAACAUUCGCGGACU